AUGGCAACUGUAUUUAUACCUCCAUCUCCUCAACCAUCGAUCGCGAUGUCAAACCGCCGGACUCCCCUGGACAACGUCCCCAAUGGCACCAACUCUCCGCAUCGAGGUACUAUUACCUCCGUGAAGCGAACACUCCCCGGUAACUGCCAGACAGAUGUGUGUUUUAUGCAGCCUCCGCCAAAGAAGCAGAUGCUUGAGAAAAAUGGAGCCGACCUGAAUAACAAAUCUCCACGAAAGCUGGCGGUGGCCAGUAGAGAAGGCAAGGUGUUUACGCGCAAGAAUACCAUUUCCCAACCUUCUGCAUUCGAAAGGAAGCUUGUUGCAGCGAGGGAUAGGGACAGGGCCAACAAUUCUCGAGGAGCCAAAUAUGAAAGGGCUGGGGGAGAGACUUUGGAUAGUAUUCGUCAGUGGCAAAAGCACUAUCGCAAGGCGUUUCCUCAGUUUGUAUUUUACUUCGAAAGUAUCCCUGAAGACGUCAGGAACAAGUGUUCAAGGCAGAUCAUGGCCCUUGGUGCUACGGAGGAGAAAUUUUUUUCUAAGGUCGUUACACAUGUAGUCACUGCCCGUCCAAUUCCGCCCGCAAUCGAUUCCCCCAAUCACACAGAGCCCUCUACUGGAGAAGCUCCAUCGAACCAACAAAAUGCGGACGGAUCCAUCCAAACUGUUGACCCGUCGCUUCUGGAGAAAAAUUUCGAAACAACUCAUCUCAAUCAUGGAAUAGGGAAGCCCAGGAAAACACCCGACAAGCGCGUCGGACAAGAGGGCGACCCAAAACGGGAUAAUAAGGAUAUUUUAUAUAGGGCAAGGCAGAUGAAUAUGAAGAUAUGGGCCCUGGAAAAAUUACAGCGUGUGAUAUCUACGAUGAACGAUGGUGAAAAUACUUCUACCCACGGCCAUUACACGCGUAGCAAUGGCACGGUAUCCGGUGCUGGAAGGGGAAGGGCAGAAACCGAUUUAUCCCAGGUUCUCCGAAACGAACGUCUGAAUGGACCUGUAGAUCGAGACACUAUUUUGGCACCAAAGGAAAUUAUUCCCUUCAAAGGUCCAUUUAUAUAUGUCCAUGAUUACGAAGAGAAGACACGACCAGUCAUGAUUCGCGAGUAUCCCAAGGUCGCCAGAGGGCAGGAUGGAGCAUGGCCACAGUUUCGGAGCGCUGCGUUGGGUAAAUGCCCAUUUAUCGAUGAGCCGCCAGCCAAAAAAAAAUCGGAGAAGCGAAAAGGUGCCGCUAAUCAGACAAAAGAUGAAAAGCCUGCUGCGAAGGAGAAAUCUACGACUACGACGGAGAUGAAGAUGAUGCAACCUCCAGAACGCUCUGUGGAGAAGCGAGCUUUGCAAGAUCCCGAGAGCCGGCAGCUUCUGGGGUCCCCCCCUAAGGACAUCACUUCAGCAAUCAGAUCUCAGAUGGUAUCCUAUGGUCAGGCAGCUGCCCCUGGAGCGAAGGCAGGAACAAGUAAGAGAAUGGCGGACAUUGCUGGUGCUCUUAAAGCGUCUAAGGCUCCAGCGACAAGAGCAGCGAAGAGUAAGGCCACUGGCAACGUCAAUCAGAUCGACGAAGACGGCACCACUCAAUCGGAAGAUGAGAUGGCUCAGAAGCUCCAUAACCCCAGUAGGAAGAAUACUAGCACGAUACGAUCGAGGCAGAAGAAGCGUGAUCCGAAGCCAGGAUACUGCGAAAAUUGUCGUGACAAGUUCGAGGAUUUUGAAGAGCACAUAAUGACGAGAAAGCAUCGCAAGUUCGCAUUGACCUCAUCGAACUGGGUUGAACUAGAUGCACUGCUUCACUCCCUCGAGCGCCCUCGCAAGCGGUACUUACCCCCGGAUGAAGAUAAUUGGUGA